GACAGGGGGGGGGUCACACAGAGAACUCCGUCUGUCCCUUCGGGGCUCUGGCGAGGGGUCUGGAUGUGAGCCUCAUUCUCCCGGCACCUCGGGACGCAGCAGCAGCAGCGUCAGCGACUGAUACCUCUCAGGAACGUGGACAGUGUCUCCCCGCCCUGCCACGUGUCAGGCCGGGCCAUGCGUCACGUGACCUGCCUGGCCCUGCUGGGCGCUGCUCUCCUCUGCGUCUCCCUGGCGAUGCCCCGCGUGGAGUCCCCACGUCCUCGCCGGGAGCUGCCCAACUGGAGCUACUCGGCCUCCGACUUCUGGGCCUGGGUGCACGAGUUGCGGGACACGGGCGCCUACGAGCCGCACGACGCCAUGGCGCGCACCUACUGGGCACACUUCCCCGUGGCCACCACGCUCGGGCUCGAGGCAGGCCUCCAGGAGGAGUGACCCCCUCCCUGCCUAGCUACCCCUCCGCCUACCUAUCCCCCCCCGCUACCUACCUAUCCCCCCCGCCUAGCUAUUCCCCUACCGACCCCUCUAUCCCCCCACCUACCCCCCCCCUAUCCCCCCUUACCUAUCCCCCCACCUAACUAUCC